CGGAGACCAUGAAAAUGCUUCGAUUUCGUAGUCCAAGCCUCCCUUCCCUCGAUCAGGAGAUCCAGUGCACGGUCCGUCUUCUGGACGACUCCGAGGUCUCCUGUAGUAUCCAGCGAGAGACUAAAGGCCAGUUCCUGCUGGAUCAUGUCUGUAACCACUACAAUCUCCUGGAGAGAGACUACUUCGGCAUCCGAUACGUGGACCCAGAGAAGCAGAGACACUGGCUGGACCCCAGUAAGCCUGUGGUGAAGCAGAUGAAAUCUCAGCAGCCAUACACCAUGUGCUUCAGAGUAAAGUUCUACCCUCAGGAGCCAAUCAAGAUCAAGGAGGAACUCACGAGGUACCUCCUGUACCUGCAGAUCAAGAGGGAUAUAUACCACGGCCGUCUGCUGUGCCCCUUUGCUGAUGCUGCAUACCUCGGAGCCUGCAUCGUACAGGCUGAGCUGGGUGACCAUGACGCUGAGGAGCACCCUGAGGACUACAUCAGCGACUUCAAGCUCUUCCCCAAGCAGACCAUCAAGCUGGAGAGGAGGAUCAUGGAGAUACACAGGAAUGAUAUGAGGGGACUGACCUCCCCAAUGGCCGAGCUCAACCUCCUGCAGAGGGCACACGCACUGGACACCUACGGAGUCGACCCACACCCCUGCAAGGACUUCACUGGAGCCACUGCAUUUCUGGGCUUCACCGCCCGAGGGUUCGUGGUGUUCCAGGGGAACAAGCGGAUUCAUCUGCUCAAAUGGGCUGAUGUGAACAAGCUCAAGUUUGAGGGGAAAACGUUCUAUGUGAUUGGUCUGCAGAGGGAGAAGAAACUGGUGCUGACCUUCCACACCUCGACGCCGGCCGCUUGUAAACACCUGUGGAAGUGCGGAGUUGAGAAUCAGGCCUUUUAUAAGUGUGCCAAGUCCAGCCAAAUUAAGACGGUCUCCAGUAGCAACAUCAUCUUCAAAGGAUGCCGGUUCAGAUACAGUGGGCGUGUGGCUAAAGAGGUGAUCGAGGCCAGCUCUAAGAUCCAGAGGGAGCAACCACAGGUCAACAGGGCUGGGUUCUGUCAGAGUAAGAGUUUCAGCUCCCUCAGCCACAAGCAGCUGAUAAUGAACAUGGAGCCCCUACUGCCUGCAGAGCAAAAGGAGAACGCCGCAGAUAACGGUUUGGUGGCCCUGAAGGACUGUGUGCACCUCUCUCCCCUGAAGCCCUCCAUCUCCACAGCAGGAACAACAGAGGUAGCAGCAGCAACAGCAGCGGCAGUGGCCCCUGGUAGCACCACCGGCCCCGGGCACACAGACCACAGCCCAGGGGCCACGUCAGCAGACCCAGGUGCCACAGCGGAGCACAGCUCGGGCCCCAAAGACCAACCGAUGGGAGAGAAGAACGGAGAGCCGAGACACGAGGCGGACAAGCGGAAGAAAGAGGACGAGAAGGACGAAGCGGGGAGGAGAGAGAGGAAGCAGGAGGAGGAAGACGAGGACGAGUCGGGGGGUCCGCUGACCAUCUCGGACCUCGUCUACAGCCCGUGUGCCAGCAUGCUGCCCACGCCCGUGGGCGACGACGACAGCGAAGGCGGCGCCUAUGGCAGCAGCGUGGCGUCCAUGUUCCAGAGCCCGGCCCGGAUCCUGCGCGACCUCCACGCCGACCCCGACAUGCAGCAAGAGCUGCGGGCCGAGCGGGAGCGCGAGGCGUCCAUGGAGGCCCUCCGCGUCAGCAUGCGGCCCUCCGCCGUCUCCCCGCGCUGGGGCCAGAUGCGGGCCUGCUGCCGCAGCGCCGCCAAGCUGGUGGCCGUGGUGAGCGGGCUGCUGCUGCUCCUGCUGCCCUUCAUGCUGCUGCUGCUGGAGUCCGACCUGGACGUGGCCUUCCUGCACGACAUCCGCCAGACGCCCGAGUUCCAGCAGUUCCACUACGACUACUACUGCCCCAUGCGGCGCUGGCUGCUCUGCGAACUGGACAUGCUGCUCGAGGCGGUGGUGGGCGACUGAGGCGGUCACCAGCCACAAGGGGGAGCCAAAGACUCGCGUCCGUAUUGGCAUCAGCAACUAUUGCAACUGCAACUCUACUACAACUACUGGGUGCCAGAGACUUGUGUCAACGGCGGCAUAGACAUAUAUAUUUAUUCUUCUAUAUGUGUCUAUGAACAGUGACAUCAACAAAUAUAACAACAGCAACACUACUACUAUUACUGGGCUACUGCAAAAAAGACUGCUGAAACUGUGGGAGUGGUGAAUUUGAAAAAAGGUAUGACAGACACACACCGGGAGGAAGGAUUGAUUUCAUACCCUUGCCUACUGUAACUAUGGAGAUGUUGGUUAUGAACUGGGUUAUCUGCUGGAUGGGAGAGAGAUGCUCUUUGGACUGACAAAGGUAAAAAGAAGUGAACUGUAAGGAGAAAGUGGGAUUUGGAGGAGGAAGAGAGCGAGAGCUGACGUCAACCCUUUCUCCCUGACAGUUUCAGGCUUUUUUCUUAAAUAUGUAUACUUGCAAACAAUGGUAAAUACAAAAAAUAAUAUUAAUAUUACAAAAGAGAAAAAUUUGAAUCGGUUUUUAAAUGUUUUGUACAUUUUUAUGUGAGGCUACUGUUGGCAGGAUUUUUUUCAGCAAAAAAAGCAUCUACUAAAUGUAUUUAUUGACAUAUAGGGGGGAGAAAAGCGAGCUAUUUUUACUGCCUGUUGUCAUGUUGUCUUGACCAGCAGUUCUCUGAGUUUUCUUAUGACGAUAACAAUAGCACAAAUAUUUUGAAACGGCGACUCUUUUUGCAGAUUUACCUGAUGUCACUCUGGACAGACACACUAGGUGGUCCAGCUUUAACAGUUUGUUCUUCAACUGAGGUAAAAAAAAAAGAAAAGAAAAAGAAAAAAAGAAAUAUAUAUAUAGAUAUAUCAGGUCAGACCAGGCUCUUUUGCUGGUCCUCUCAAGCUGACGACCAAUUAUGCAGUUCAGUGUUCUCCAUGAUUUGAUUGCGUGAUCGCAUGACAGUGGCAUUACAGCGCAGGUAUUUAAUAGAUUUUACUGGUUUAUGGUGAAAACUUCGUACUAACAACUCAUUUGGAUUUGAAAGCAGACAGAUGGGUUAAGAUAUUACAAAGAGAUACUAAGAUACCUGGAAUCGGAUACAAGAGAUCAGACACUUCAUCAAAAUAAGGUUUGUCUAAAAUGGUCAAACAAGUUUAGUUGUAAGAAACUGGUCUUCUUCUUGUAGCUCGAAGACGUUCCUUAACUAAAUGAGUACAUCUGUUCAGGUCUGCAGUAAGGGAACCUAGAAGACGCUUGACAAAGUCACUCAGAUGAGGGGCAAAAUGUCUUCUAGUUCAAAUAAGUCCAUUCAAAAAAAAGUUAAAAAGAAUACAUAUGUUUUCUUUUUUGUGUUAAACCCUAGUCGUCUUCUGGAGUCCUUUAUUCCCCUUUAUUUUCAAAUGAGACCAGUUCCUUACAGCUGAAGUCUUAUGUUGGUCUGAUAUCCUGAAGAUGAUGCAGGUGUUUGUCAGUUCAGACUGCAUACUCAGGAAAGUCUGAGGAGAACACACAAGAUUUAUCUCUGUGCAAAACAAAAACAAAAAAACACACAAAUCAAAAAGCAAACCUCUUCUGAUUAUACCGGUGUUACUCAUAAUCUUUGUGGUCAUUUGUGGAAGUGUUUUUGUGAAUCCUCCAUUUUAUGCCCUUCAGACACUUACUACAUCUACUAAACUAGACUUCUCUAGAUGCUUGGGUCAUUCAAAGAAAAUGCCAUGUCAACAUGUGUUUCUGUGAUCAAAUUGUUGAGAUCAUGAUUAUUAUCUAACAUUUAUUAAAAAAUAGAAAUACACGCACACAGACAGAACCAUAGACAGUAGUAGCCAUAUUGUUACUCUCUACUUUCAUAUUCUAGUCUCGAUGAAAAGAAGAAGUAGCACUAACACAGAAGGUAGUGCACAUAGCUCUCUGCAUCUACUUAAAUGAAACAUCAUCAAAAUAAAACCUCAGUUGUAAAUGGGUUUACUCUCUAUGCUUACCUUAGUGUCUCUGUGUAAUUACAAAGUAGCCAAUAGGUGCUCCAUUUCCCCCAAAGUGUCUCUAAUCAUCAGACGUUGUUGUCGCUAUACAGUAGAGCUAGCUUUGCCACCUCUGUUUGACUUGCUUAGCUGUCGAAUUGCCAACACACACCCAUGGAGAAAAUAAUGGCCUGCUCAGGGAUAGGAAGCCUGGUUCAAAAAGGUGCUGCCCAGUUAUUCCAAAUUUGGUCCACCUUAUCACCAGGGAGCCCAGUUUCCAUCAGCAUGGAAGAGUCAGUAAAUUGGGUUCAUGAGGCAGUGGACUUAGGGACUUAGAGUUCUUGGUGUCCGAAAGUUGCAGGUUCGAAUCCUGCACCAGGACAAAGGAUGUUGGUGGUGUCCUUCCCCCUCCUCCAUGGCUGAAGGUUAAAGAAGGCAUUUCACUACCACUCUACUUCAGGGACUAUAGCCAUUACCCUGUAGAUUACGUAACCAUAAAUUGCUUUUGGUGAAAGUGUCUGCUAGAUUAAGUAUAAUGUAAUGAUUUGAACAUGUGUGGGUCUAGAUUGUUAGCUUCUGGAACCAGGCUUCCCAUCCCUACUCGGUCUGCAUGAGCUCCGCUGUAAAUACUGCAGUGACGUACUGCUACGUAGCGACCAGGCCGUCCAUCGUUAUCACCCGCUGCAUGUAACUCACAGUGAUGAAAGUUCAUAUGCUGUACACGGCAGCGCAGUUGAAACAUGUGCUGUUUGCAUGAUACGUGUAGAUCUCCUAGAGCACCAAACUGAGCAGUUUUACAGUCAUACAAUCCUUACUAGACAGCAGCAGCAUGUGUGUGUGCAAGAAGAAGGUCUCCCCAAAAGAUGACCCUCUCGGCCAUUCAAACAUAAAGAGCUUUUGUAGCAAUUUGGCCGCGCUCCUUUUGUACACCGCUCAAGAUUAGCUUCUACUUAAUGGUCUCCCCAUCCUAACCUGGUGCUUUAAUUAAUCAUCACACUCUGCAAAGCUUUGUGUGAAGCCUGCUGUUUGGUAAAUGGUGCUGUAUCUGAGAAGGCCUCAGGGUGGAGGUUAUGUGAUAGUUACACAUGGUAGAGGAGCAGCAGUGGAGACAUUACUCCCAUAUCAACAACAAGAUGUAUUUUGAAAUGUGGUUUAAAUUCAGGUUGUUGAUAUUAAAAAAAGUGCUUUAUUUGGAAAUGUUGGUGACCGGAGACUUCUAGUCAAAUAGCCAACUGUUAAUUAACACCAUUAGCUACUGAAAAAUAUUUUUGAUGGUUACCAAUAUAGAACAGCGAUUGAAAUUAAAUCUUACUUCUCUGUCCCCAGCGUUUGUAGCAUGAGCAUUGCUUAUGUUAAUGGUAAUGUGUGUAUAGCCUACUGCAGAAAUGGCAGUGUCACAUGAACAACUUUUCCGGAAUAGAGGCCUACUGUGGAUACAAACACUGAUAUCUGCCUGUCUAGUCAUCAUAACCUUGAAAGACCUUGAAAUUAUUUCUUAUGAAUUUACCCCCACUUGUUGUCAGUUUGGUGAGAUCUUAAAUUGGCCAUGGGAUGAGGUAAUUGUCGCAUGGGAGGUUGUGAUGAAAACAAAAAAUCUCAGAUAUGUCUUUUAUCUGUCACUGAACAAAAGCAUUCGCUGAUAUGAACCUUCUCUUUUAUUUAUUUUCAUUUUCAAAUGUUACAUUGAUCUUGUCUGUCUUUCAAGCCAAGUGAAAUUACUCUUUUCAGUUGAAAGAAAAAAACAUCCAAGAUAGUGUAGAUUAAUGCUGUGUGAAAUACUGUGCUUUUGUGUGUAUAUUCAUGUACAAAUUUAAAAUAAUUGUGCUCACUCCCCACCCGAAAUAGUGUCUGCAUAUGUACAUCCUAACCAUCAUAUACUGAUAAUGACAAUUGUUGAUAACCUUUAUUUGAAUGAAAGACUUCACCUGAGAACAUUGUAGCAUUAUUUAUGAUCUUUGUAGCCCUACUUUCUUCUUGCAUGGAAAAAAGAGCCACACCACAGUGAUGCUAUACAGUAUAUUUUUAUUUGUUUGUUUCAAUGGCCAAUAUUUUUUUUGUUUGCUGGUGUAUUUAUUUAACUUAUUUAUUUAUUGCUGUUGAAAGAAUAUGAGUGGCAUGGAUACUAGUGCUCCGUCUUUUCAUGUGAUCACCAAACAAAACCACAUACCUUGUUUUUGUCCAGCUUAGCAUACGGCCUAAAAUGCUCUCCAGAGAAUCACUGUGGAUGCAGGGCCACCGCUGGCACUGCACUGCCCACCCCUCCUAUGGGCAUUUGAGUGGCAUCAAGCUGUAGUGCGGUUUCGUAUUUAAUUUAUUUGUUUUUGUUUUGGUUGAUGAUGUCGAUUGAUGUUUUUUUCCCCAAAUAUGUCAUAUGCAGCCAGACCCCAAAGUAAAAUUAUUUUUCAAUUUCAGUUACGGUUUAUUUAAAUGCACUAUUUUUGUAAAUGUAAUAGCAUUGUAAUAAUAAACACAGCUACAAGGCACUUCACAAGUUCCCAAAAGACCAAAAAAACAUACAGCAACAGUAGCAAAGAACCAUCUUAACCAGGUUAAAUGGGGAUUUGUGUGGGCCUUGUACCCUGCUGCAGAAAGAGAGGAAUGGGGCAUAAUGGUAUGCCACUUUCAUGGCAUGAUGCAAAGAGUGAACGGGCAGCGAGGAAGAGAGAAAAGAGAGAAGAGGAUCUGCAGAGAGUAGAUGAAUAUAAAUGAGUACAGAACUGCAAAAAAGGUGUGAGUUCGCUGUGUUGAGGUGAAACAAUAAUUCCCAUCUCAAUUAUAUCCGUUUCUUUCCAUGGCUCAAUGUAAGGAAGUGUUUGGCAUGGUUUAUAGUUGAGGCCAGGCCUGUGUAUGUGAUUUGAAUUCAAGGUAGCGUAUUGGAACGCUGCUGUGACGUGAACAGUUAAAGGGUGAGUGACCGUGUGUGGGCUUUGGUUUAUAUUUGGUUGUUUUUUUUAGUACCAGUAGAGCUAUGGUCUUGCUUUCAAUUAGAUUGUCUGUGAUAUGAGACAUGUAUGAAGGUUGGUCUCUAGGAGUUUACUUGCAGUAGAUGCCAGUGUACCAAUCAGAUGUGGUGAGGUCCCUCUUGGUAGCAUGCAUAUCAGCUUGUGCCAGCUGUUUUUCAUUUUCUUUGUUUCAGUUUUUUUUUCUUUUCUGUCUUUCAAAACUGUAAUUUGAUCUCUGGGAGUAACAAGGAAAAAAAAACAAUUUAAAAAAUGUGGUUCCGUGACCACUAGAACACAAAGCCUUAUGAAAUUUGUAAAGUGAACUUUGAAUGUUUAUAUGUUAAGAUAAAUUAUGGAUUGUUUUAUAUGAUUGUACUGCCACAAAA